CUGUUUCAACCAGUGAUCAGGAAUUGCUUCUGUUCUAACAGAUGCUCCCUCGUCUCUAAGAACUUAAAAAUAGUCACAACUGCUGAUACUUUGGACCACAGAAACCGGUCUUUCAAAAGGAAUGGAGAACUUUUGGAUGUACCAGAUGGACAAGCAAAAUGAGCAGCAAGUUACAAAAGAGCCAAUUCAUUUGGAACAGCACUGGCAAGAUGAGCCUCCAGGAUCUAUCUCAGCCUCACCCUCCGAGGCUGAGUGCUCGAGUAAGCAACUCCUGCAGGACCCCGGCUAUGAGUCUCCUCCUAAUGAGACUAGGAGAAGCCUUGCAUCAUUUCCAAAAUUUGUGGAAGUUCCAGGUCCGUGUGAUCCAGACGACUUGAUGAGCGGGGUUGUCUUUGCUGCAAACUACCUGGGAUGCACGCAGCUGCUCUCAGAGAAGACACCGUCCAAGAAUAUGCGGAUGACGCAGGCCCAGGAAGCUGUCAGGCGUGUUAAGGCCACUGAGAGUAGUUCUGAGGAAAUGUCCGAGGUAGAUCUCUUCAUCUCUACGCAGAGGAUCAAAGUGCUCAGUGCGGACACACAGGAGGUCAUGAUUGACCACCCCCUACAAUCCAUUACCUACAUCACUGACAUCGGGGACAUUGUGGUUUUAAUGGCGCGCCGUCGUGUGUCCAGACCAGACACCCAGGACAAUGUGGAGACCUCAGCCAGUGACCAAAGCAACAGUUUCCAAUACAAGAUGAUCUGCCAUGUGUUUGAAUCUGAGGACGCCCAGUUCAUAGCCCAGGCCAUUGGACAGGCCUUUAGUGUGGCCUACCAGGAAUUCUUGAGGGCUAAUGGCAUCAACCCAGAGGAUCUGAGUCAGAAGGAAUACAGUAAGCUGCUUAAGACCAAGGACAUGUACAACGAUGACCUCAUUCACUUCUCCAAGUCUGAGAACUGCAAAGAUGUAUGUAUAGAGAAAGCUAAGGGGGAGAUACUGGGCGUGGUCAUUGUAGAGAGUGGCUGGGGCUCCAUCCUGCCCACUGUCAUCAUUGCUAACCUGUUGCAUGCUGGGCCAGCAGAGAAGUCUGGUGCCAUCAACAUUGGAGACCAGCUUAUGUCUGUCAAUUCAACCAGUCUAGUGGGACUGCCCCUAGCCACCUGCCAGAGCAUCAUUAAGGGCUUAAAGAACGAGACCCGGGUGAAGAUGAGCAUCGUGAGCUGUCCCCCAGUGACCACCGUCCUCAUCAGACGACCAGACCAGCGCUACCAGCUGGGAUUUAGUGUCCAGAAUGGCAUUAUCUGCAGUCUGAUGCGGGGUGGCAUCGCUGAGCGAGGGGGUGUGAGGGUCGGCCACCGCAUCAUUGAUAUAAACGGCCAGAGUGUGGUCACCACCUCCCAGAAGAAGAUGAUACACAUUCUGUCCACCGCAGUGGGAGAGAUCCACAUGAAGACUAUGCCUGCAGCUGUGUAUCGCCUGCUGACUGCCCAGGAACAACCUUUCUACAUUUGACUGUUUGGCACUACUUUAGGUUUUAGGCAGGUAUAUUGUUUGUUUUUGCGUUUCACUCAACCCACCAUCAGACCUCCUAAACACAUCACAACAAACGUGAAAGUUGAGAAAGUCGCAGAAAACAUCCUAAAAUUAUUCCAUGGAUGGACCUGUACUAGUUAUUUUAGUUUAAGUGAUAAGCUAUGUAACGAGGCCAAGGCUGCAGCCUUGUUUGAGAUCUACACAUAAUAAUAUUGCAAAUUGACAUAUUCAAAUAUAGUUGUUGUUAGCCCAAUCAGAAAGUGUGCUGUGGAGUGAUCGUGUUAUUUGGUGUGUACAUUGUAACAUGCGUGUGUUCACUCUGGUUUCAACCUGGUCCUAUGCAAGGCCUGAGCCUUGAGUGUAGAAAUGUGCCUAUUAUACUGAAAAAAAAUUAUUUUCCAAAGCUUACCAAACCUGAUUGUACCUUUAAGUCAGAGAUAGGAAGACACAUUGGAGGCCAUUUUAAGUUUGAAGCAGAGAUGGAAGAUUGAAUAAUUGAAGGGAGGCAGAUGUGUCGUAAUAUAAGGAAGGCCACAACUUAGGCAAACAUUGCAGUAUCCAUAUAUAGUUAUCCAUGCAUUAAAUCACCCUUAUGUUACAUUUCUCUGCACGUUUUUGUUUUUGUUCAAAUGAUUGUAAGUUAGUAAAUGUCUAAAGAAUAAAAGCAACCCAUCCAUGA